AUGCAGGACCGGAGCCCGGGGCCGGCGCGGGAGCCUCCUGCCCCCACCCCCCUGGACCUGCGAGCCCACCUGGAGGCCUCGGGGCACAGCCUGGAGACCUGCCCCGAGGUGCGGGUGACGGGCAGGGCCUGCCGCGGCUUCCUGGUCAAGAUGGGCGGGCGCAUCAAAACCUGGAAGAAACGUUGGUUCUGCUUCGACCGUCAGCGGCGCCUGCUGGCCUACUACGUGGACAAAGAGGAGGCGAAGCUCAAGGGCGUCAUCUACUUCCAGGCCAUCGAGGAGGUUUAUUACGAUCCCCCCCUCGGGCCCGGCUCCACGAGCCCCAACCCCAAACUGACCUUCUGUGUCAAGACCUACGACCGGCUCUUCUGCCUGGUGGCGCCCAGCGCCGAGGCCAUGCGCAUCUGGAUGGACGCCAUCGUCACGGCCGCCGAGGAGAACACGCGCUAUUGAGCCGGGCCCGCGGAGCGCCCCAGGGACCCACCAAAGACAUUGUCCACCUGGUGGGCGUGGCCAGCUGGGCCAUUGGCUCCGCCCCUGGGAGGGGCUUGAGGGCAGGGCAGCCAAUGGGGGAUGGACUUGGUUCUUGAAGGUGUGAAGCCGUGCUGGCCCCGCCCCUUUUGACCUCGACCGUGGUGGGGAGCAAUGGGGCGCAGGCGUUUGCCUCCAAUCAGAGCUCUUCUAAAACACAGACGUUCCCGGAACUGGCACCAAUGGGAGGCAAGUGGCUUUGAAUCCCGACCAAUGGGAGGAGGCUCACUCAGAAUACUGGCCAAUCAGAGGAGGCCUAGUUUGAAGGCUGGGCAAUUGGAUGCGUGCUCGCCCGGGACCUGCACCAAUUGGUGGAGAGAAAGGUUGAGACCUGGCCAACCGUAAAAGACUUGUUCAGAAUCUGCACCAAUAGGAGACCUGCCUUAAAUGCCAACCAAUGGGGGUGUGGGGUGGGGAACACCUGGUUGGAAUUCCCACCAAUUGCAUGCAGCCUGGCUUUGAAACCUGGCCAGUUACCCAAAAGACUGGAAUUUGCACCACUGGGAAGAGACAUGGACUGAACUGACCAAUGGCGGCUUGGAAUUCCCAUUGACUGUCCGAAAUCUCGACCAAUGGGAGCAGGCUUCAGGGAUGCACCAAUUGGAGGAGACUGGGAUCGAACUGGCCAAUGGCGGCCGUGCCUGGAGGGCGCCGUGGCCAAGUCCUGACCAAUGGGGAGUGUGGAGUCUCUCUGAUAGGGCGGCAUUCCCAGCAUGCUUUGUGCCAUGUGGCCAAGGCUCAGGGGGCCGGGGCUGAGCCCAAA